AGAUGACAAAGGAAGGGAACGAAAGAAAGAUGACGAAAACGAAAGACCGAAAAAAGAAACUAAAGGAAAUAGAAAUGAUAAAGGAAGGAAACGACACAAAAAGGAAAAGAAGGAAAGAGACGAAACAAAGGCCACUGACGAAGGAAGUGAACGACAAACGAAUAACGAAAACGGAAAAAGGAAUAAGGAAAACAGAGGCGAUGAAAGGGAAGUUAAAGAAAAUAAGAUUGGAAGAAAAUUUAAGACAGAGAACGAUGACUCAACUCAUAAGGCAAACAAACGCAGAAGAAAGAAUGAGAAGAAUAAUAAAAAUAAUAAUAAAAAUAAUAAUAAAAAUAAAAAUAAAAUAGAUGAUGUAGCGCUACGCUUCAGUCCCUCCAACUUCCGCAUGGCCCAGUGUAUGGUAACUUACAGGAUGAAAGAAGAUGACGCUUUUCUCAUGACAACUGAUGACUCAAAAGAAUCUCGCAAAUGUGACACCAGAUUUGUGGCUCCGAAGGAUUACCGCCUGAACUUCACCUGCCCCGUGUUCAAUCUCGCCCCCACGGGAUGCAAACGAGAGAAGAUGAUUGUGAAGGACACCAACGUUAAAAUGACGUUUUGCACAAACGAUAAUGUCGAUUUGGCGUCGACUGGCACUUCCCUUAACAUCAAGCACAAGAGAAAAAAGACAAAAUCGAAGGAUUGCACAGGAACCUACGUGUGCGAAGUAACUGUAGUAAGGCAAGGACCACCAUCGAAUAUUGAAACCCUAACAACCACAGGCCAAUCCUCAGAUUUACACUUAACACCUUAUUCACCCUCAGCGAGUGGCCCUACUGACCCCCAGUUACCGGUUGAUCAGUCACCGAAUCCCCAGUUACCGGACACCCAGGUAACGACCUCUCAGUUGGAGAAUGUUCCGUUACCUGAUUUACAGUUACCGGGUUCCGAGUCAACGGAUUCUCAGGACUUGGAUCUUCCAAUAACAGAUCCUCCCCUGCCCGAUCCGCAGCCACCGGGUCCUCCCCUACCACCGGGUCCUCCCCUGCCCGAUUCGCAAUUACCGGGUACUCCCCUGCCCGAUCCGCAGUCACCGGGUCCUCCCCUACCCAAUCCGCAAUUACCGGGACCUCCCCUGCCCGAUCCGCAAUUACCGGAACCUGCCCUACCACCGGGUCCUCCCCUACCCAAUCCGCAAUUACCGGGUCCUCCCCUGCCCGAUCCGCAAUUACCGGGUCCUCCCCUACCACCGGGUCCUCCCCUACCCAAUCCGCAAUUACCGGGUCCUCCCCUGCCCGAUCCGCAGUCACCGGGUCCUCCCCUACCACCGGGUCCUCCCCUACCCAAUCCGCAAUUACCGGGACCUCCCCAGCCCGAUCCGCAAUUACCGGGACCUGCCCUACCACCGGGUUCUCCCCUACCCAAUCCGCAAUUACCGGGUCCUCCCCUACCCAAUCCGCAAAUACCGGGACCUCCCCUGCCCGAUCCGCAGUCACCGGGUCCUCCCCUACCACCGGGUCCUCCCCUACCCAAUCCGCAAUUACCGGGUCCUCCCCUACCCAAUCCGCAAUUACCGGGUCCUCCCCUACCCAAUCCGCAAUUACCGGGUCCUCCCCUGCCCGAUCCGCAGUUACCGGGUCCUCCCUUACCCAAUCCGCAAUUACCGGGUCCUACCCUGCCCGAUCCGCAGUCACCGGGUCCUCCCCUACCCAAUCCGCAAUUACCGGGUCCUCCCCUGCCCGAUCCGCAGUUACCGGGUCCUCCCCUGCCCGAUCCGCAAUUACCGGGACCUCCCCUGCCCGAUCCGCAGUUACCGGGUCCUCCCCUACCACCGGGUCCUCCCCUACCCAAUCCGCAAUUACCGGGUCCUCCCCUGCCCGAUCCGCAGUCACCGGGUCCUCCCCUGCCCGAUCCGCAAUUACCGGGACCUCCCCUACCACCGGGUCCUCCCCUACCCAAUCCGCAGUUACCGGGUCCUCCCCUGCCACCGGGACCUCCCCUCCCCGAUCCGCAGCCACCGGGUUCUCCCCUGCCACCGGGACCUCCCCUCCCCGAUCCGCAGCCACCGGGUCCUCCCCUGCCACCGGGACCUCCCCUCCCCGAUCCGCAGCCACCGGGUCCUCCCCUGCCACCGGGACCUCCCCUCCCCGAUCCGCAGCCACCGGGUUCUCCCCUGCCACCGGGACCUCCCCUCCCCGAUCCGCAGCCACCGGGUCCCCAAAUACCCGAUUCCCAAUUCCCGAGUCCUCCAUUACCAAACCCUGAAGUACCUGAUUCCCAAAUACCACUUCCUCAGUUACCUUGUCCUCAAAAACCUGUCUCUCAGUUACCAGAUCCUCAACCAUCUUCAUCACCUACUUUCCAGACAUUAUCACCACUUCAGCCAUCUUCAUCACCCACACCUCAGCCAUCUCCAUCACCCACACUUCAGCCAUCAUCAUCACCCACACUUCAGCCAUCUCCAUCACCCACACUUCAGCCGUCAUCACCACCCACAAUCCAGGCACCGCCCAAACCACAGCCACCUCCACCGCCAACGCUUCAGCUCUCGUCCCUGACUCCAAGUCCCGCCACGAGCCCGACGACUUCAGACAGCCAUGCCAUGAGCUCCCACAGACCGACAACAACUUCGGAGACUUCGGCAACAACCAAUCCUACUGUGACAACGGCAGCAGCCAGUCAGGAUCGACUUUUUUGCAGUAACUGCGGCCUCAGUCAGAUCACGAUUCCAAGGAUCGUAGGAGGCCAGGACGCGAACCGCGGGGAAUUCCCCUGGCAGGUUGGCAUCAAAAUGGGCUGGGGAGGUAGGUGUGGCGGUUCCCUCAUCAAGCAUCGUUGGGUGAUAACGGCCGGGCACUGUUACAUGAGCGGAUUCACUACCAGCACCGUGUACUUGGGAGAUCACGAUAGGUCCGUAAAUGAAGAGGGAAGCUACGAAAUACAAGCGGAGAGUGUGACGGUCCAUCCGGAUUUCGACAGCUUGACUCUGGAUAACGACAUAGCAUUACUGAAACUAUCUUCCCCCGCGACGUUCAGCCCAACAGUGGCACCCAUAUGCCUCGCCAGACCUUCCGAGGUGCCAUUGUCGGGCAAGGGCAUUACUACGGGAUGGGGCACUACUAGUUGGCAGGGAAGUACUGCCACUAUUCUGCAAAAAGUAGCAGUGGACUACAUAAGCAACGCCUGGUGUACUCAGCUCUAUUACGAUCGCUACGACAUCACAGACAACAUGGUUUGCACGUACACACCUAAAAAGGACGCAUGUCAAGGUGACAGUGGGGGCCCCCUUAUCGCCCUCGCCGCCGACGGGCGUUGGGUGCUCACGGGCGUGGUCAGCUUUGGGGAUCAGUGUGCGAAGGAGAACUCACCUGGAGUGUUCACCCGCGUGCCCAACUACAUUUCGUGGAUUGAGGAAAACACUCCUGACGACAGCUGUUAGGGUUCCGACGUUACCUUCUUGGAGACUUGGUGCUCGAAUAUCGUAGUGCCGAGUUUUAGUACCCUAAAGAAGGGAGGGUGGAAAGGCUAAACGAAAUAAGAAUGCGAUGCAGGGAACUCUGUGUGUAUGUUCAGGAACCUUCGGUGACGCGUUUUUGCGCCCUAUUUGUUAAUAGCUUUAGUUUUGUGCCGUUUAUUCUCGGCGGCUACUGUUAUGUUUCCUCUGUAAUGAUAUAUGAAUAAAUAGAUAAAUAAACAAA